AUGCCGCGGAAGCCCGAUGGCGUCACACAUCUGCAGAUCACAAUCGCGGUGUUGACGGAGACCCACAGGCCAGUGACAUCCACGCGUGUAAGACUCACAGAUCAGCAGACGUCUCUGGUUGUGAAGUCAGACUUACGAGUGUCAGAGCUCAAAGCGAAAGCAAUCGAUGCCCUUGGUCUAGUAAUAUUGAAUCUCAUCAAGGACAAUGGUGAGAACUUGCUGGAGCAUCUUACGCUGAAGGAAGCCGGCAUCGGGGACCAGGACAUCUUGGCUGCUCAUGUGGCGGACAGCGUUCGCAUUUUCACCAACAGUGGAGCCUUCGCACAACUGAAGGCAGAUGGCUCAGUGCUGACCUGGGGUGACCCAGAGAGUGGUGGUGACUCACGCUUUGUGCAGAUGUGCCUGGAAGGCAGUAUUGUCGACAUUUUCUCCACACACACAGCGUUUGCAGCGCUGAAGGACGACGGGCGCAUCAUUACCUGGGGGAAUCCUUUGGCCGGCGGCGACUGCUCCUCUGUGGAAUCGCAGCUCCAGGACGUGACAUUCAUUCUUGGCAACCAAGAGGCCUUUGUUGCACUGAAGAAUGAUGGAGGCGUAGUUGCCUGGGGCAAUCCGGCAUUUGGUGGCGAUCUGGGUGCUGCACGGCCGUUGCUCCAAAACGGAGUUCAACGUCUUUGCGCAACAGGGAGCGCGUUUGCAGCUCUCAAAAAGGACGGUCGAGUGGUGGCCUGGGGCAACCCUGCAGCUGGAGGUGAGACGCGGUAUGUCUACGACCAGCUUCAGCGCGACGUGCGCUAUGUGACAUCGAAUCAACAUGCCUUCGUGGCUGUGCGUCGUGAUGGCACAGUAGUUGCCUGGGGAGAUCCAGUCAGAGGGGGCGACGUCACUCCAGUUUUUUCAAAGCUGAAGCAAGGCAUCAAAAUGAUUUGUCCCAACACUGUUGCCUUUGCCGCGCUGAUGGAAGACAACUCUGUCGUGGCUUGGGGAUUGGCAUCGGGUGGUGGCUCCACAAGGGAAGUCAAGGCCCAACUGCGAUCGAAGGUUGUUGCUUUGCAUUCAACAGACCAGGCCUUCUCCGCUUUGAAAGAAAGUGGAAAUGUCAUCUCCUGGGGCAAUGAAUCCGAUGGAGGAGACAUUUUGGCACGACCUGAGGAUCGUGGUGAGGUGGCGAAGAUUUUCUGCACAGAGCACGCCUUUGCUGCUUUAGAUAGACGUGAGGGCCGCGUGUGCUGUUGGGGGCACAAGGAUUAUGGAGGAGAAACUGAUCAUAUUUUUGCGGAGCUGGUGGGCAUCUACGAAAUAUGUGGCACUGCCUAUGCGUUCGCUGCCCUCAAGCAUGAUGGCACUGUUCUGACCUGGGGACACCCAGCCUAUGGUGGCAAUCCAGGAGCUUGCAAGGCACAGUUGGCUGCUGGCAAGGCGUCCAAGCUGGGGUUGGAUCGGAUCGCCAAGCAGAAGCGCUUGGAAAAGGAGAUCACCAAAGGUCCGGUGGCUGCAUUGUCAUUAGAUGCCGAUCCUUUGGCUGAUGCACCGAAGCCAACUGUGCAGCAGAUUGAACAGGGCAAGCAGCGCAAACGCAUCACUGCAGAGUCUGGUUCUGAAGCUUCUGGCGAGGAAGAGACUGAGACGGUUCCUCAGCCCAAGGCAAAGGACAAGAAUGGCCGAGGUCCCCGAAGCCGAAGUCGCAGUCCCCAGAAGCGAGAUAGCCGGACAAGCUCGGCUGAUCUUUGGGAAGCAGCAAAAGACAUUCGGGCGAAGAUCAGUCAGAUGGGUGAUGAACCCAAGACUCAGAAGCCGUUAGCUGGUCAGCCCUUGUUCUUCAAGGGCAAUCGAGCAAACAUCAAGGAAGAAGAUGUAAAGCAAGAGCCUGGAGAGGAAGCGUCCAAGAUCAAGACCCGCGAUAACAAGGACUUGCAGUACCACAACAUCACAGACAAAGUCAUGACGAAGAAUGAGAUUGAGGAGAAGAUCAAAGCAGAGGCGGAAAUUGAUGCAUACGAAGAAGGCAAGCUGGAAAGAGAUUGGUAUAUGGCCGAAGAAGGUGGAGCUGCACAAGGAAUGGACGACGUAGAUCCUGCUCGAGAGGCAGAGAGGGAGGAGAAGAAGAAGCGUCAGCUAGCGCAGGUGGCUCGGGUGAACAUCCGCCAGCAGAUGAAGAACGAAGCCAAUGAGAUGUGGGAGCUGAACAGGCUCGGCGCUAUGGGUUUGGCUGAGAGAAAGGAAGUGAACUUGGAUUUCUCCAAGGAAGAUGACGAGAAACGAGUUGCUGUGGUGGUUCGCGAGACCACCCCUCCAUUCUUAGAUGGGCGAAAAGUCUUCACCACCCAAACCGAAGCUGUGAGCGCUGUAAAAGAUCCCACUUCAGAUAUGGCGGUGUUUUGUAAGCAGGGCUCCAAAGUGGUGCGCCAAGUCCGGGAGGAGCAAGACCAGGGGAAGUUCCGGCAGCGAUUCUGGGAGCUGUCAGGUUCCAAGAUGGGAAACAUCAUGGGCGUCAACAAGAAGACAGACAAUGAGAACAAGGAGGAUGAUGUGUCUGACGACGAGUUUGACCACAAGGCGAGCAACCAGUACGGCCAAGCUUUGAAAAAGCAGAAGACAGAGGCCCAGUCCGAAUUUGCCAAAACAAGAACCAUCAAACAGCAAAGAGAAAGCUUACCAGUCUACCAGGUCCGCCAAGAUUUGAUCGACCUCCUGCGUGAGCACAACAUCUUGGUCUGUGUGGGCGAGACAGGGUCCGGCAAGACCACCCAACUUACACAGUACUUGCACGAGGCGGGCUACACUGUGAAUGGCCAGAUCGGAUGUACUCAGCCCAGGCGUGUCGCAGCUGUGUCGGUGGCAAAGCGAGUGGCGGACGAAUUUGGAUGCGAACUGGGCACUAAGGUCGGCUACUCCAUCCGCUUCGAGGACUGCACUAGCGAGUCCACCAUCAUCAAGUAUAUGACAGAUGGUGUGCUGUUGCGUGAGACACUGUUUGAGCCUGACUUGGACCGCUAUUGCGCUGUCAUCAUGGACGAAGCGCACGAACGAUCCCUCAACACCGAUGUGCUGUUUGGAGUUUUGCGUUCGGUCGUUGGAAGACGGCAUGAUUUCAAGCUCAUCAUCACCUCAGCCACCAUGGAUGCUGACAAGUUUGCAAGGUUUUUUGGCAACGUUCCAGUUUUCAACAUCCCGGGUCGGACCUUUCCAGUUGAGACCUUUUAUGCGCGAAGUACAGCGCAGGACUAUGUGGAUGCAGCCGUGCAGCAAGCCAUUGCUAUCCACGUGGGUCAGGACACUGGCGAUGUUCUCAUCUUCAUGACUGGGCAGGAAGACAUUGAGGCUACUUGUGUGCUCCUAGCCGAUCGCAUUUCGCAGGUGGGUGAAGAAGUGCCUCCUGUGACCAUUUUGCCAAUCUACUCCCAGCUACCAUCAGACUUGCAGGCCAAGAUCUUUGAGAGCAGCGAUAAGAGAAAGAUCAUUGUGGCCACCAACAUUGCAGAGACCUCGCUGACCGUGGAUGGCAUCAAGUACGUCAUAGAUACAGGCUACUGCAAGCUGAAAAUCUACAACCCCAAGAUGGGAAUGGACAGCUUGCAAGUGACACCUAUUUCGCAAGCCAAUGCAAACCAGCGCCGUGGCCGUGCUGGGCGCACAGGGCCUGGAGCAUGCUGGCGGCUCUACACAGAGAGUGCCUAUGUCUCCGAAAUGCUUACCAUGACUAUUCCGGAGAUUCAACGUACCAAUCUUGCCAACGUGGUGCUGCUCUUGAAAUCGAUGGGCAUCAAAGAUUUGCUCUCCUUUGGCUUCAUGGAUCCACCGCCACAGGACACAAUCUUGAACUCUUUGUUCCAGCUCUGGAUGCUGGGUGCGUUGGACAAUCUCGGUGACAUCACGAAACUGGGAAACAAGAUGGCGCAAUUCCCAUUGGACCCACCACUGUCCAAAAUGCUCAUUGUUGGUGAAGAGAUUGGCUGUAGCUCGGAGAUUAUGAGCAUUGUGUCCAUGCUCUCGGUGCCAUCGAUCUUUUUCCGACCAAAGGACCGUGCAGAUGAAAGCGACGCUGCAAGAGAGAAGUUCUUUGUCCCGGAAAGUGAUCACUUGACCUUUUUGAACGUUUACCAGCAGUGGGGCCACAAUGGCUACAGUGCCAAGUGGUGUGGAGAUCACUUUGUUCACCAGAAGUCACUGAAAAAGGUUCGUGAAGUGCGCGGGCAGCUGGAGGAGAUUAUGCAGCAACAGCACCUGCAAAUCAACUCCAUUGGCACUGACUGGGAUCAGGUCCGCAAAGCCAUUUGCGCAGGGUACUUUCACAAUGCCAGCAAGCUUCGUGGCAUUGGUGAGUAUGUGAAUCUCCGGUCGCGGAUCCCUGCAAAUUUGCAUCCAACUAGCUCGCUGUAUGGCCUCGGCUACACGCCUGACUACGUAGUUUACCAUGAGGUCAUGUACACCGUCAAGGAAUACAUGCAGACAGUCACCGCAGUAGAUCCAUACUGGUUGGCUGAGCUUGGCCCCAUGUUCUUCUCUGUCAAGGAGUCGAGCAAGGGGCUUAUGGACGGAGUGCAUGUUGUUGCUUUGAACGUGGGUCUUGUUGGCUAA